GAGAUGCGCAAAGAACGAAAACUGGUCUUUCGCAGUUAUGGACUUUGGUGAACUGCGGUAUAGAAACGCAAUUAUAUCUAUAGGGUGAUCUAUUGGUAGAACAUGGUAUUUGUCACGUAGGCAGUCACGUGCAAGGAUCAGCGCCUCUGUAGACUUUGUAUAGAACUUGACAUUGUAUUGGUUUAUAUUAUUACUGUCAUUAAGAAGAAAGAUGUUCAAAACACCGGAAGUAUAUUUGUCAAAAUUUUGUAGCAUGAAAUGAAAAUAAAGAACUGUGUUUCACUCCAGCUAUUGAUAAAAAUUUCUACCGAAUGUAUCAAAAAUCGGGUGAUAUUUUGAUGCAUCUUACGGGAUUUAUGCGAACUAAGAAGUACAGUUACCACUGAAUGACGUGUUGCGUGUAUUUCUUGAUUGUAAAUUGUAAAUAUAUUGAAAGUAGGUUAAUUAGAUAAUAUAAUAAACGUGUAGCCAUGACAGAUGAACUGAAGUUAGAUCACCGUGCAAAAAAAAGGAUCAAAGAGGUUAAAAGAAAGGCUAGACCAGUAUCACUAGAAGUAAUUGAGACAACGUUUGUCUUCUUAAGAUGCUCGUCAUUAUAAACAGAAUUUGGAAAUGUGAUACAAGAACGAACUGUCUUUGCCGACCUUGGAUGAUGUAACUCCAAAUUUACUGAAAGUAUUAUGAUACAGUAUAAUACGAUGCACUUAUAUAACUUGGAGAUAAGGUAGCUUGGACUCAACAUGGCUACAGUAAAAAUUUUGAACCUUUUUGGAACGUUAUGGACAAUGUAGAUCGUAUAGAAGAAUCCAAAGUAUCUACAGAAGAAUUUAUAGAAAAAUAUGAGAAACCUUACAAGCCUGUGAUAAUUCAAGGUGUUCAAAAUGGCUGGAAAGCCCAAUACAAGUGGACUAUAGAGAGAUUAGUCAAAAAAUACAGAAAUCAAAAAUUUAAAUGUGGAGAAGAUAAUGAAGGAUAUAGUGUAAAAAUGAAGAUGAAAUACUAUGUACGUUAUAUGCUUAAUAAUGAAGAUGAUUCACCUUUGUACAUCUUUGAUAGUUCCUUUGGUGAACAUCCGAGACGAAAAAAAUUGUUAGAAGAUUAUGUUAUACCUUUGUAUUUCCGCGAUGACCUUUUUCAAUAUGCUGGUGAGCACAGGAGACCGCCAUAUCGCUGGUUCGUUAUGGGACCUGCUAGGUCUGGUACUGGGAUACACAUAGAUCCAUUAGGAACCAGUGCCUGGAAUGCACUGAUUUCGGGACACAAAAGAUGGUGUCUCUUUCCUACACACACCCCUAGAGAGCUUCUCAAAGUAACUGCAGCUGAAGGGGGUAAACAAAGAGAUGAAGCUAUUACGUGGUUUUCUAUUAUUUAUCCUCGUACAAAGUUACCUACUUGGCCACAAGAUUGUUUACCAAUAGAGGUUUUACAAAAUCCGGGUGAAACUGUGUUUGUUCCUGGUGGUUGGUGGCAUGUUGUUUUAAAUCUCGAUGAUACUAUAGCAGUUACUCAGAACUUCUGUUCUCGUACAAAUUUUCCAGUAGUAUGGCAUAAAACUGUGCGGGGAAGACCAAAAUUAUCACGUAAAUGGUUAAAAGUACUCAGGGAUAAAGAACCAGAAUUGGCAACACUUGCUGAAACAAUAGAUGUAAAAGAAGAUACGGGUGUUGCCAGUGAUUCUUCUAGUGGUUCUUCAAGUAGCUCCUCGAGUAGUAGUAGUAGUAGUCAAUCAGAAGAUAGUGCUGAUGAUAGUGGUCAAGAAUCACUGACAACUCACAAAAAGAAGAAAAGAAGAAAACUAAAUAACAGCCAACCCUGACAAUAUCAAGCAUUUGGGACCUACAGAGACCUCAGACUGUACAGUAUUAAUCAACAAUUAUUGUUUGUACUAAAAGUAAAUAUUAUAAUUAUUACCACCUUAAUGUUCAUAAUAAAAUAAAUGCUAGGUAAUACCAAA